GGCGCGCCCCCGCCGCAGGCGGAAGUGAGGUUAGGGCUCGGUGGCUGCGCUGCGUCGGCGGGGAGCGCGGGCUGCGGAGAGGCGGGACGGGUGGAUCGCAGCGGGAGCAGCGCGGGCCGGGGCAGCGGCGGACGGGCCUAGCGGCUCAGUCCCCACUUCACAGCAGGCUCCGCGGCGCGCGCCCCUCCCCGAGCCCCAGCGCCGAGUCCGGCCCGGGCCGGCGCGCUGGUCCCCGAGGCGCAGGCCGCCGCGGCGCGUUCUUGAAAUCAUGAAUCCUGUCUAUAGUCCUGGUUCUUCUGGGGUUCCCUAUGCAAAUGCCAAAGGAAUUGGUUAUCCAGCCGGUUUCCCCAUGGGCUAUGCAGCAGCAGCUCCUGCCUAUUCCCCCAGCAUGUACCCUGGAGCGAAUCCUACCUUCCAAACAGGUUACUCUCCCGGCGCCCCUUACAAAGUGUCCUGCUCUCCCACCAGCGGGGCGGUGCCUCCGUACUCGCCCUCCCCCAGCCCCUAUCAGACCGCUGUGUAUCCCGUGCGAAGUGCCUACCCCCAGCAGAGCCCAUAUGCUCAGCAAGGCACGUACUACACGCAGCCCCUGUACGCGGCGCCACCGCACGUCAUCCACCACACCACGGUGGUCCAGCCCAACGGCAUGCCGGCGACCGUGUACCCAGCACCCAUCCCUCCACCCAGGGGCAAUGGGGUCACCAUGGGCAUGGUGGCCGGGACCACGAUGGCCAUGUCAGCAGGGGAAGCCCCGAGGCGCCGGCAGAUGCCAGGAGAGCUGGCUGCGCUGCCACAGCCUUGGGGGUGUGGCCCGAGUGGCAGCGCUCUAGGUACUCUACUGACAGCCCACUCCCCAACACCUGUCGCCCCCCACCCCGUCACUGUGCCCACGUAUCGGGCCCCAGGAACACCCACCUACAGCUAUGUGCCCCCCCAGUGGUGAUCACCCUGCAGAGGUUUAAGGAGGGAACUGGCGGGUCACAUGGAGGUUCCACAGCUGGUGCUGCAGGCUGCGUGCCUCCAACCAGGACUUUCUUCGUAAUGCUCUCCACACUUAGCUAAACACUGCUGCGGCCCAGCUCGGCAGGUGCCUGCACCACUAGCCUCCAGCGGACUCUGGGUUGGUCUUAAAGCAAAUCCUGUUUUGUGGGCUGCCUGGCAAUUUUUUAGCUAACUGUAAUGAUGAAAAGGGAGUAUUAAUCUAUUCUGAAUUAUAUCUAGUUGAAUGCAUGUUUAAAAAAACCCACACAAAAACAAAGCUUGCUCAAUCUACCUGCAGUGACUGAUGCAAAACCAUCAUAUGCAAAACCCAAAGGAAUGGACAGUAUUUUACAACCUGUAUCACUAAUGCACUGUUGUACUGUACGCAGCGUCUUAAAGUUUCAAGUGUUAAAGUGAAUUUCUUCAUAGCGCAUCUGAAAUCUGUUGGAUGAUUCUUCAACCUUUUGGGGUCAGUUGGGGGCCUGGGCUUUGAGUUUUUAGUCAUCUGUGUCUUCCGCACCGAUGGCCCUGGGAGAGAGUAGGGAGGCCACGGCCACAGGGGCCCAGCCAGGUUAGUGAGCACCCUGUGCUUCCCAUGUAGGCUCGUGGGGUCAGUGUGCUGUGGCCGGUCUUCAGGAUUAUCAUGGAGAUGACAGAGGUGUGUGGCCAGUGCAGUUAGUGACACAAGCUGGUUUGUGUGUCAGCAAAGCCAUGGUCUCUAAUAACUACAUUUUCAUCACCAAUGUCUUAUACACAGAGAUAAUGUUCUCUCUCUAUUGGAAAAGUUCUGUGUAAAACUAAAUUAUUUUCCUGGGUUGGAAGAUCAGUGAAAGAGAAACAGCCACACUUGGAGGAGGUAUUGGCCUCUCCUAUUUAGUUUAGAAAGUCGUUCCUUUCUUUCUUCCUGAGAAGUGUUUGAGUCGGCUGAAAACAGGUUGGCAUUGCUGUUCUUAACCCACAAAGAAGGGCGAAGAUUUCAGCUGUGUGUUAUGAAGAAACUUGUAUAUUCAGAACUAUUAAAAGGGAACAAAACUAUUUCAAAUUAUUUCUUGUGGAGAGGCCAGGCGGUGGCUCUUUGGGCCCACCUCCCUGGUGGGGACCUGUCCUCAGAGACUGUCUUGGGGGACUCCUAGAGGAGUGAGGCGUGAGGGAAGGGCUGGGGCCUGUGGUCUGUGAGUGGUUCGGCCGUCUCUUGCAGCUGAGGGCACCAGCACAAAGGCGUGGACAGCAAAUGUCCAGGCAGCGUCAGAAUGCGUUUGCCUGCCAGCAGUUGUAAUGGAAAGGAUUUUGUGUUUGAAAUCUGAGUAUUGUACAUAAGAAAUCAAGAGGACUUCUUUGGCUCAAUAUGCCCAACUUGUAUCAAUGGGAAUGUGUGUCUGUUCUGGGAGUCAGGGGGUAGUUGGGGGGGGGUGUGUGGAAAGGCUUUAUGCCCUUUGCACAGUCUGUCAGGCAGGGGACCAGGUGGGGUGUUCCAAGUGGCGUGGUCUUUGGCUGGGAGAGGACCCUGCUCUUGCGUCUCUCGCCGCUAGGUGGGGCUCUGGUGCUGGCUCGGCAUUCCACCCCGGUUGAUGAGCAGACAGCUGACCCCUGAGCCUUUGGUAACCUUAUUUUUUAUAGUGAGUACUCUUCAUAGAAAUUUUCUUCUUCACACUUUAUUUUAUAAGAAGUUUAGGAAUAUUUUUGCAUGGAUCAUUGUAAGCAGAAGGCUCCUUACUCCUGAAGUCUGUUAAUGUAGUGUGCCUACUGAUAAAUCCUUUAAAUUGCUUCAUGAGAGCACUUAGACCACGUGUGUGCGCGUGUGUGCGUGUGAGGAGCUGCCAUUUACCCCCGGCACACGGGCUGCAUCUGCUUCUCACCCUGUGUUGGUGAUCCUGUCUGUGUAGUGCGUGGUCUGUAGUACUACUGGGUUCGAAGGGCUCCUGGGACGAGCUGACCAAGUCACAGAGGCCCCAGCUUAGUGUGGUUAGUUUAGGGGAAAGUAGGAUUUUAGUGUGUGCUUUAAAUAAACAACGAAAUGGGAACACACACACGACCACCUGGAAGGGGUGGCAUCACUGAAUUCAGGAGGCAGAGGUGUAGGUAGUUAUGUAGGAUGUUCCCUCAGGCUUGCUUGAAGGCUUGGCACACAUGGUGUGAGUGUUUUCACAAGCACUAAAUCAGAUGGUGUUUCAAAGAGAGAAGAGUGGGUUGCCUUUCCCCCAUUUACAUCAGCCUCAUUAACACUUUUCCCCUGUAAGGUUGUAAAAUCCUUGUUCCUUUUUGUGAAGUUGAGUAGGAGCUGUUGUCAGACACUUUUGCAUAUGGAAUACAUCCCUGUGGAGGUCUUUGCAGGUCUGAAGCCAUUAGGGCAUCAGCUACCAAAUACAGUAAUGAAAGGUAGAUCUUGUCCCACAGGUGAGACUUCUGGGCAUGUGAGUAGUGAAAUUAUCACAGGUUGUAAUUUUAGCAGCAUUUAGUUGCAGUAAAAUUUAAUUAAGGAAUAGAAAGUCUGUUACAAGUUGUGUAAUUUGAUACCCAAGCACAAUAGUGGACUAUUGAAAGACAUUUUGCUUUUUUUAUGUAUGACAUUCCUGAUUUGAGAGUCUCACUAUGACUGAACUAUGGUUCUUUUGGAAGUUGAGACAGGCAAGCAAAGGACCUAAUUCCUGUAAACGUGGACGUCAUCGUCGGUGUCUGUAUGGAUCUGUGUUCUUCAGCCUCUCCCCCGAGGUUUGGAUGGCUGUUCCUCUGCUCUUGGACGUUCGGUUUGGAUCUGGGCUGGGGGACUGAGUGCCUAGCACCAAGUGGUGGCCCCGUGAGCUCGCUACCUCUCACGAAUGAGGCCACCUUCAGAGCAUUUUGAGGUAACAGGCACGGUGGCACAUCCAGAACCUUUUAUGCCUUGUGUUCAGUCCUUUCAGAACAUUAUUGUUGGCGUGGUUCCUAGGCCGACCAGCUGCUGUUCUGUGAACCUGUUUCCUGAGUGCUGUGCAAAUGGAUUGUUCACAGGAGAUGAGGGAGGCGAGCCUUGGCCCAGGCACCUGGUCAGCAAGCACCCUGCCCUUCCCAAGCUGGGCACGUGGGGCCCUGCUCCAUCUGGUGGCAUCCUCAUUCACGGGAGGAAGUCUGUGCAUGAGGCAGUGGGAUAUGCUGGUAGCUGACUGUGUCGGCCCCCCAUGGGCCUCCAGGAGUGUGCCUGCUGGUAAGGUGGUGGAAGGAGGGUGUGCGCCAGCCAGUGCGGCCGCUUCGGCAGUUGGCAUUGGGGCUGACUUUUAGGAGGUGCUGCAGACUUCACCUCUGUAAACAUUUGGUAACAGUAUUACUCUGACCAAUUGGGCCAUCUUCUCCCCAUCUGGUAGCUAACGGCUGGACGCCCCAGUCACUGCCAGCCUGGGCCCUGCCUACCCACCUGCCUCCAGCAGGUGCAAGGGCAGGUUUGAGGGUGAACAGCUUGUGGGGGGGGCAGCUUUUGGUUCUUCUCUCUGGUGCUUUCUAAAGGGAGGGUGUCUCUAAAGAGGAGCAUGCGUGACUUCAGGGAAGGGCAGGUGGCUUUAGGUCUGUCCAGCACAUCUCAAGUGUUAGUGUGGUUUUCCUGAGCUUUGUUCAUGAGCCUGAGUUUCCUGAAGGGACCACCACCUGAGAGACUCGCAGGUGGCACGCUGCAGACUGAGGUGGCCUGAUCUUUCUAGUAGGAAGCUGCAAAGUUGAUGUUAACACGUUUCAGAGGAUGGGUCUCUUUCCCCACUCCUAUUCAUUUGAAGGACAGAAAACCUGUGGGGUCAUCUUACUUGAGUCCCCCUGACUUUCACUGAGUCACUUGGAACAGGGAGAACGGGGGCCGGCACUGUCACUGAGGGUGAGCAUCUUGUCUCUGCUUCCUGUGCCCCGUGGAGUCCCCAUGGGUCCCUGCGCAGACUAGUGGUCAGCAGCCCAACGGGACUGGAUCUGAGGCCAUCCCUCCUGUGCUCCUGACAGGGAGGCUGUGACAGCCACUGGGAAGAGGCCGCAAGGAGCCACAUGGGUUGUAACCCACUGGGAAAAUGGUUCCUUUUUUUAAAACAAUGAUUUUUAAAUACUUUUUUUAGACCAUUCUCUUGGUACUUUUUUUUAAGCUUAAAUCAGCAUUGUCUUCCAGUGUUAAAGGGCACCCCUCACCUCUGCAUUGAACUUACGGUGUCAGUCAACACAAAAGAACAGAGCAUCCAUCCUGAGCCAGUUCCAUUAUGUGUAAAUUCAUACUCUUAAUUUUUUAUGCAAUCUGAAGAGUAGAUGAGCUCAGAUUUAAAAUUCUUAAAAGCACGUUUAUUGUAACAAGAAUUGUUAUGUAUUAAUACUGCAGUUUUCAAUAAAGAUUGACUUGUGUUGCA